AUGGAACUUGGAGGUAGUUGCCUUAUGAUGGACAAUUACAUGAAUCCUAAUACCCGUCCCGCAAUCUGGUAUCCCUUAUCAAUGAAGACGUUUCUUCAUCGAAAAAAGAUCAGCGGUACUGCUUCGAGCAGCAGUGCACGGCGGCGGCGCCGCCGAAUGCCUGCGAUGCACUCGGAUAUCUUGCUCAGGACGAUAGCCUGGCCUCAAGACAGAACAGGAAAACAGUGCACUAGACAGUGCUGUUUUGUUUUGUGCUGUGUUUUGGACGAGCCCCUCAGGGAACAGCGAGGGAGUUGCCCGCACGCCAUGGGUAGUCCGCAGCUGGGGCACGCCUGCGCACCACACCAGGGCCUUCAUAAGGGAACUCGGCAGCGAACCACGGAAAAGAGGCACAUUGCUCCUGCCCAAUUAGGACAGUUUGACACUGAGAGCGAGGUCGCUUUCUCGGGAUAUGGUAAUGCUGCAGUGGUCAACCGUGGAACCCACCCGCGAAGUUUUUCAGCGCGUACCAGCUUCGUCUGGUUUACUGAGCCCUGUGCUUUGACCAAAGUGCACGGCAAACACCCGUGCAUAGGCAUCCAGGAGAGUUCCUUCAGCGCUCCUGUUCUCUAUCCGAUCCAUGGAGCUUCACGGAUUCUUGUUCAGAGGCAUUCCCCGCAUCCGGUAAAGCGUGCGCUCCCGCGCUCGCGCUCUCGCUCCUGGAAAGCCUCGCUGUUCGAGCGUUUCUUCGGCCGGAAACGGUCAUCGCGCCAAACUUGGCCCCACUUGAUCAAAGAACAAGCACCAACGGGGACAGUACCAGCUUCAGGUGCCUCAUUCGCACAGAAUGGAGCGGACACCACAGUUAUUCCGCGAGCACGCGCUCGACAUUCCCGUCACGAACCGACAAGGGUAGCGUCGCCGACUCCCAGUAGUCGUGACAUCACAGAUGUUGACCGAAGCAACGCGGAAACUUGCAUCGCGAUACGCCAUGUACACAAGGUUUUUCCCGACUCACAUGCACCAGGAGGACAAUUUUACGCCCUUUGUGAUAUUUUGCUCGAUAUCGAGGACGGCUCGCUAGUGGCUUUGGUUGGCCCCAGCGGUAGCGGCAAGUCGACACUGCUUCGUUGUAUUGCGGGGCUUGAGAAUCCGACCUCGGGGCGUAUCUUCCUCCAUGGGCGAGAUACCGAGGAGAUGAGUGUUCAGGAACGACGGAUUGGCUUUGUAUUCCAGCAUUAUGCAUUGUGGAAGCACAUGACCGUGUGGAAGAACAUUGCAUUUGGAUUGGAGAUUCGCAAGACGCCUCGCUCAGAAAUAGAACGGCGCGUCUUGGAGCUUCUGAAGCUCAUGGGUCUUGAGGGACUCGGUGACCGCUACCCACAUCAACUGAGCGGCGGACAGCGCCAACGGGUUGCGCUGGCUCGAGCCCUAGCUCCCGAACCGCGCGUCCUCCUCCUCGAUGAGCCGUUUGGUGCGUUGGAUACGCGAGUGCGGCGGAGUCUGCGUGCAUGGCUUCGGCGCUUGCACGAUGAGGUCGGCACAACGACGAUCUUCGUGACGCAUGAUCAACAGGAGGCUUUAGAGAUAGCCAGCUCCGUGGUGGUCAUGAACAAGGGCCAGAUCGAGCAGGUCGGCACACCGCUUGAGAUCUAUGAGCAUCCAGCGUCGCCGUUUGUCAUGAGCUUCAUGGGCGAUGUGAGCGUCGUGAGUCGUGAUGCGCUCCCCGCAGAGCAGGCAAACGGGCGCACCUUCACGAAUGCUACUCGAGCGCGCUCCGUGGAGACAUCCAAAAAAGACUCCAUUUGGUCGGACCCCGAGCGUCCGCCGACAAUACCGCGCGAGUCUGAGACAACGACCAAUGUCCGUAAGAGCGAUAACGCCGCCCAGUACUUGAUGCUGCGUCCUCAUGACGUUCACUUGCAUCGCAGCCCCGAUAGCACCACGGCUCCGGCUCGUGUUGUCGACGUGUUUUUCUUAGGUUGGAGUGUGCGUGUUGAUGUCGAGCUCCAAGACGGCCAAAUUCUUCAAUCCAUCAUGCUCACAACGCGCUACAAAGAGCUGGGCGAUUUGUAUCCCGGCGACCUCGUGCAUGUUAAGUUCUUCGGGGAACGCUCCUUCGAGGUGGACGAGGCCGAGUAUAACAUCUGA